AUGAAGUACAACGGCGAGCUGGCCUGGAGCGGCAGUUGGCGUCCCAUGGAAAUCUCCGGCGCCAGCACCACAGUGGAAAUCAAGUGCGGCUAUUUCGACCAGAGUUGGUCUCCUGACGCGCACGAGCAAACGUACCAGCUGAACUUCAACAGGAACGUUACUUCUAGCGAGGAUACGGCUCGCUUGAUUGUGGAGAUGCAGCCGUCUGACGGGUACUGUGUGAUGAAGGAGGGAGCAUCGACGUUCACCGCAUUCCCACACAGCGGGAUCAAUGCCUCCGACAUGGUAUUCGCGGAGCGCACGCUGAUGCUCUCGUGGACGGAGGCGCAGAAGAGCCCGCCGGGCGACAUCGUCUGCCGCACCGUGGCGGCGGACACGAAGGUGGUGCCACGGUUCUCUGGGAUGGCGGGCGCGGACCUCACGAUCCGACACGGGUUCGACGGCGACCAAGAGAAGAUGAUCAAUGAACAGCCGCAUGAUUUGACCAUCGGCAAGGGCCGCCAGGACUACACCGUCCGCGUGGCCCUGGGCCUCGCCCAGCGGGACGGACUACAACCUGACGAUGAUCUGGGCCGAGACCUGCGACAAGCUGCAGUGCCCGAAGGGGAAGGGCCCGCGAGCCAUGAGCAGGCUGCAGCCCGCGGGCGCGCGGGAGUUGAAGCGGCUCUCGGACGUGAGCGCCGGGGGCCCCAGGGCCUCCUGCCGCAGCGGGCGCGCCUCCGCGAGGGGCGGCAGCGCCGAGCGGGCCAGCGACAACCCCUUCGUGGAGUACGACGACCGGGAGCAGCGGCUCAGCCUGGAGAGGCGCUGGCUCCAGGAUCGGACAGGGCCUACCUGGACAUCCGGAUGAAGGAGCUCCGCCGCAGGACGGCGGAGAAGAUGGCGGGCCUGACCGGGGCGCUGAGCCUCCCCGAGCUGCCCCGCAGCAAGGGGCAGCCACAGGCCCUCGCGGUUCCGGCCCCUCCUCGUGGAACCAAAACGGGCCGCAAGCAGUCGGCUGCAGUGAGGUCCUUGAUGGACCUGCAGCGCGAGCUAAAGGAGUCCAUCGGCCACCUGGACGAGAAGCCCAGCCCCAAGGUCAACGCCGAUGUGCUGUUGGUCCUGCCGAAGCUGAGCCUGGGGCUCCGCCAGGGCCAGUGA